AUGGCGCAGAGUCUGGAUUCCCGACCGGCCGUCGUGGAUUUCCGCGACGAUAGCCCCUGGGUGAAGCUGGCCAAGGCGCACUGGUUGGACACCAAAGUCCGCAAGGCCAAACCCGAUGUCAUCCACAAGCAGCUGUGGCUGCCCUUACAAGAGGAGGGCUUCAACACGCGCUCACUGCUGAUUCUGGAGAACUUGAAUAUUCUAGAGAAAUUCCUCUGGCCCACCUACACCGAAGACGCUUCCAAUGACCAUGUGCUCCUGAUCGCGCUGAUCGUCAGUGUCAAGAAUCGCGAGCAUCUGCCGAUAUGGGACAUCUUUUCCGACCGCGCGGACGAUUUUUCAAGCCUGUUCCAUCGGAUCCUGUCAAUGAGCAUUGAUCAAUCACUGCCCGCCCAAUCUCGGCUCGCAAUCAUCUCGUUCAUCAUCGGCGCUUUCCAGUCCCUCGAAAAUGUCCUGAUCCGGAAAGAAUGUGCGCCCCUCGUUUCCAUCUCGAUCUGGCACAAUCUAGCCAGCGAUGACGCCCGGGACCGUGUUAUUUCCAAGGCGCCGAUGUUGAAAAAGGCGUGGCGCGCGGCAGGCAAGCGAUAUGAUGCGGGAGACGAAACAGCGCAAUCGAAGAUGCGGUUUGAGCGAUCAUGGCUGUAUACGAUGCUACUGGACUUUAUGCAAAAACUGAAUGGUCCCGAAAAGGACCAAAAGGAUAACGUGUUAUAUUGCGAGCGAUUCCUCGAGCUGCUGGUCGAUCUCGAGAGCCAGCUUCCCACUCGGCGCUACGUCAAUACGCUGGUGAAGGACCUCAAUCUUCUCCCCGUUAUUCGGCUGUCGGGUUUAUACCGAGCCGCCGAGAACGCUUUGUUGCGCGAUUUCUACAAUCUUCUCCAGCACUUUGUUUACUUCGCCAUCGAUGAUUACUCCGGCGAGGCCCUGUCUCCCCAAGCAGUGUAUGACAGGCACUGCCAAGAGCUGGCGCAUUUGCAGCGAACUUCGAUGAAGUUUUUCAAGGACAAACUCAUGAUUCUGGCACUGUCUAACCUAGGAUCUGUCGAUCAGCGAUCGGAACUGGAAGGGCAGCUAUCGUCGUUGGAGGAGUCGGAGCUUGAGAGUCUCUGUUCACAUCUUGGCUUCCGAACCAACUAUCCCAAGUCGGCGAACGUCGAUCCCCGCCGCCAUUUGUUCCUCGAAGUUUUGUUGUCACUCUAUGAACGAAAGCCCACCUUCCAGGAAGCUGCUUCACGACUGAGCAUUGUUCCCACAGAAGAAAAUCUUUACGACCUGGCCCUGCUGAGGAACGAGACAUACGAUGGAUCACGCCCGCUUGCCAUCCCGAAGUUGAAUCUCCAAUACCUAAGUCUUGGGGACUUCCUUUGGCGCUCGUUUCUUCUAUAUCGCUCAGAGGCAUUUUUCCAGAUCCGUAAGGACAUGGAAGCCAUUGUCAAGCGAAUGCAGCCCCGUGCAAACCGGGAUGGUAGCUUGGAAUUCCAGGGGUUUUCUCGUAUGGCAAUCCCCAUUUCCAAACCUGCCAUUAUUGAGGUUGCGCCGGCAAAAGUCGGCUCCACAAACCCAGCUUUUGUCCGCGCUGAAAUCGCCAUCGAGGUGGGUAGACUGGCCGAUCAUGUGCGCAAAGAAUGGGAUUCUCUGCGACCAGAUGAUGUCGUCUACCUAAUGGCUGUGCAGACAGAGUCCCCUGCGCAACUCGGCCAGGAAACGGAUGGCCCACGUAUGACCCACCUUCGAACAGCGGAAAUUGUGCAGGUGCUUGAUGAACAAGGUCGUCCAUUGCGGCAGACGCAGGCUGGCCAGAGCAAUGGAUACAAUUCUAGACCGCGGCUGAGGAGGUUGCUGGUCAACCUGGAUGCCUCUGCUUUUACCUCUGACAAGGAUCGUCAGCAGCAUGGCAAGCCAGAUAUCUAUCCUUUGAUCAACGUUGUUGCCCGGAGAAAGGGUCGGGAGAACAACUUCAAGUCGAUUCUGGAAACCAUGCAAAAGCUCAUCGUCUGUGACAUGACACUGCCCUCGUGGCUUCAGGACAUCUUCCUGGGAUAUGGCGAUCCUUCCAGUGCUCAAUACACUCAGCUGCCAAACCGCCUAGAUCGCAUUGAUUUCCGUGACACUCUGUUAGAUUGGUCGCACUUGGUUGAGAGCUUCCCGGGCAAGAUUAUUGAACCGUCAGGCCAAGAGACUUCGAGUUUUGGUCCUCCUUACGUCCUCGAAUACGUCGACAACCAACCAGCAGUGGAUGAUACUAGUCUGUCGAAAAAGCGACGACGAGGACAGGCCGAGCAGGCGCAACAGGAACCGAGCACCGUGCGCGUUUCUACAUACAAGCCGCCUAAUCCCGGUCCUUACCCGGUUGAUGCCCCCAAAAUUAACACAGUACGCUUCACGCCUGCGCAGGUGGAAGCAAUCGCGUCUGGGACACAGCCUGGUCUUACUGUCAUUGUGGGGCCACCCGGUACUGGCAAGACGGAUGUUGCAACACAGAUCAUCAACAAUAUCUACCAUAAUUUCCCCACUGAACGCACUCUGCUUAUUGCGCACAGCAAUCAGGCACUCAACCAACUAUUUCAGAAGAUCAUCGCUCUCGACAUCGACGCGCGCCAUCUACUGCGACUGGGUCAUGGUGAGGAGGAGUUGGACACCGAAACCAGCUACAGCAAGUAUGGUCGAGUCGAGUCCUUCCUCGACAAUCGCAACUACUACCUCACGGAGGUGAUGCGACUAGCAGCUUCGAUUGGGGCAGAAGGCGCACAUGGCAAUUCCUGCGAGACGGCCGGCUACUUCAAUACGGUCUAUAUCCAACCAGCUUGGGCUAAGUUCUGGGAUCAAGCUGGUUCUGAGACUGUCUCGAAUGAAGAGCUUGUCGCUUCGUUCCCAUUCCAAUCGUAUUUCUCGACUGCUCCGCAACCUCUGUUUGACCUGGCUGCUUCGAAAGAGGCGACGCUCGAUGUCGCUGCAGGUUGUCAACGGCACAUUGCUCGCAUCUUCUCCGAGCUCGAGGAUAUCCGUCCAUUUGAGAUCCUACGCCAACCCCGGGACAAAGCGAACUACCUUCUGAUCAAGGAGGCACGGAUCAUUGCAAUGACCUCCACCCACGCAGCCAUGCGGCGCCAGGAGAUCGCUGACCUUGGCUUCCACUACGACAAUGUCGUCAUGGAAGAGGCCGCACAAAUCACCGAGGUCGAGAGCUUCAUCCCCACCGCUCUUCAGAACAUGAAGAACGGUGAACUCCCUUUGAAGCGCGUUGUUCUCUGCGGUGAUCACUAUCAGAACUCUCCCAUUAUCCAGAACCUCGCGUUCCGCCAGUACGCCCACUUUGAGCAGAGUCUCUUCCUGCGUCUGGCACGUCUAGGUGUUCCGACCAUUACAUUGGACAAGCAAGGGCGCGCCAGGCCCGACAUCGCCGAUCUCUUCCGCUGGCGAUAUAAGGAGCUGGGUGAUCUCCCAGUGGUUGAAACUGCACCGGAGUUCUCGCUGGCCAACCCGGGCUUCCAGUUUGACUAUCAGUUCAUCAAUGUUCCGGACUACCAGGGCAACGGUGAGCGAGAGCCGACACCUCACUUCAUUCAGAACCUGGGCGAGGCCGAGUACACCGUCGCCUUGUAUCAGUACAUGCGUCUUUUGGGCUACCCGGCCGCGAAGAUCUCGAUCCUGUCUACUUACGCAGGCCAGACGGCUUUGAUUCGCGAUGUGCUGAACCAUCGCUGCGCUAAGAAUUCCUUGUUUGGCAUGCCCAAGAUCGUGACCACUGUUGACAGGUACCAGGGAGAGCAGAAUGACUUCGGCUACCUGCGCGACGCCCGCCGUCUAACCGUCGCUCUCUCCCGAGCGCGACUGGGUCUCUACAUCCUCGGCCGCCGCGAAGUCUUUGAAUCCUGCUACGAGCUCAAACCCGCUUUUGACCGUCUCUUCCAGCGCCCAGAUAAGCUGAUGCUCGUCCCGAACGAGAUGUUCCCAACCACGCGGACCCUGGACACGACCGUGGAGGGCACGCCGAUGGAAAGCGUCGAGCAUCUCGGGCAGUACGUGUUCGAGAUGACGCAGGCAAAGGUCAAGGCCAUGGGUGAAGGCCAAGUGACCAUUGACGAGGCUAUGCUUGAUGGUGACGAAGAGGGUCUUGACGAGGAUGAGGAUCUUGUAUGA